AUGGUGGUGGUACGAGAGUCACCACGCACAAAGAUCAGCCCGGACAAGAACAACACCCAAUGGCCGCCCAAGUCGCCCUUCCAGGCCCUACUGUCUUCGCCAAGCGGAAGGAAGAAGUGGCAGGAUCGCGGCACGAGGGAGCGAGAGAGGUCAACAUCUCCCUCGCCUAUGAAGAAUACGCAGCAUAGCUCGAGAGCGUUGCAGGCAAUGGCCGGCGGAUCGGAGGACGAGAUGGAGGAUCUGGAUGAAGAAGAGAGGCAGGCACAGCUCGAAUUGGCGGCGAUAGAGGCGAAGCUUAAGCUUGAGAAGAUCCGCCAGCGCAAGAAGCUCGCUGCGGCUUCAGGCGAGAACGCCGGGAGCAGUAGGGCAGCAUCAGGGACUGACUCUGUCACGACCUCUCCAAGGAAGUCGCUGCGCCCUUCGCUGUCACAACCUGACCUUCGGAGAGCGCAUGUCGAGGUUCCAUUGUCACCCCUUCAAAACCGCAUUGACCCUGCGGAACAACUUUCUCCUGCUCGGAGACGCCUCGGACUCAACAGCAGUGCUCUGGCCGGGGAUGUGUCCCUCAAACGAGCCCGCGAUGGCUCGCAGAUCAAAAGGUCCGAGUCUUCCCACAAUGAGAUGCCUCGACCGAGCUUCAACGACAGGCUACGAGCUACACAACAACGUGCCGAUGACCAGGAAGCCAAGCAUGAUCGGAUCGAGCGAGUGCGAAACAAAGGCUUUGAUAAGGUAGUGUCAAGCUUUGGCGAAGUGGCGCGUAAGGUAGAGCAGGGCACGAAGGGGAGUGAGAAGAUCUCAAAUAUAGCGUCAGUGCGAGAAACGCGAGGUACGCCACGUCAAACCCGAGAUGCUUCAACGACAUCAAGUCGACCUUCUCGCUGUUCGGAAGCAAACGCCCAAGCACCAUCAAAAUCGAAUGGACUCUUCCAAAGCAUCAAUCACAAAUCCAAUGAGCUACCUGACAAUUCCUCGAGCAACAUUUCGAAGGACAACGAAACCUCAAACGAAAUAACAUCAACACCAAGCUAUGAAACCUUCUCGGAGCUUCACUUGACCAGACGCCACCUUCCUCACGUUGACAUAGCCCGCGCCAUGGAAGACAAGGAAAUUUACACCCUCCCUCGCCUGCUCAAAGAAGUCACAGCACCCUCUUAUGAUCCACCUGAUUGCGAAAGCGACUGGGUUGUCUUCGCCAUUGUAGCAUCAAAAUCAUCCCCGUACGACCAGAAGCAAUCACAUCGAACCUCGGACGAAGGAAAGCCACAGGAUGAUGCCCUAGCACCGCGCAACAAAUUCAUGGUUCUCAAGCUCUGCGAUCUGAAGUGGGAAGUUGAUUGCUUCCUGUUCGGCACAGCCUUCGACCAGUUCUGGAAACUCACACCGGGCACCUUACUUGCCAUUCUGAAUCCGGACAUCAUGCCUCCUAAGACAAAUCAACACUCCGGUCGCUUCAGUCUCAAACUUGGAAGUUCGGAGGACUGCGUAAUGGAGAAAGAUGGUCAGCACUGCGGCGAGUGGAUCGACAAGAGGAGCACUGAGAUCUGCGAGUUUCAUCUCAAUUUAUUCAUUGAGAAGCAGAGGAAGGGAAGGAUGGAGGUCAACGGUAUGUGGCGUGGUACCUCUAGUGGUGACUCGGACUCCAGGGCUAAGAGUCGAAGUCGUGAAGCCGGUGUGUUCGAUAAGCAGAUGAGGACACAACAACAGAAGGGCAAAGGCGGUGUUGGCAGUGGAAUUACGCAGUCAAGGGAGUUCGGGACCUUGUAUUCUGUCAAUACUGGGUCCUCGGCUGCUGACCUCCUGGACGCUGAAGAUCGCAAUCAGCUCAAUGGCUGGGCGGAGCACGAGGCCAGUCGGAAGCGCAUCGCAGCCAAAGAGGAAGAGAGAAAACUGCAGCGUACCCUCGCGAAGCUUGGAGAUGGAGGUGACAGUGUCGGCGCUGCAUGUUUGCGCGAUAAGACUGGCCUGGCGCCUACGAUGAGCCUGGAAGCUAAGGCAUUAUUCCAGAAACCCAAAGCUGCUGAUCUGGGACUCUUGGGUAACAAAGCAAGCACGACUCACCUCAGUCCCUCAAAAGAACGCAAAAAGCACUUUGGCCUCGGCGCCCUCACAACAUCCGGCCGUGAUGCAAUCGGCUGGGGUGGCGCAAGAAAGGUCGAAAGUGCCCUUCUCAAACCUUCUGCCACUGCUGCGAAGCGUCUUGCCAGUCCUGAGAGAGGACAGACGAGACUGGACCCGAUUAGACCUCCUGCGAUCAGGGCCCGGUCACAGGAUGGGAGUGCGGGCGGGAGUCUCAGUAGUCCUACGAAAAAGCGAGCGAGAUUCUUGUUGGCGGAGAAAGGCUUGAGAGAGCCCGGGAGGGAGAGUGGAGGGGUUGAGUUGAAGUUGAAUGAGGAUGAUGAUGAUUUGGAUAUUGUGUAA